AUGGCACCCCUUCCUAUCACCUUCGCGUCAGGCCUGUAUGACCGCAUGGUCCCGCUUGCUACAGGCGAGGUACGUCCGACUGGCAUCGAUCUGAACUUCCUGGAGCUGGAUCACCCCCGAGAUGUCUUUGACCGUAUGGUUUCGACACAAGACUUUGACUGCUCCGAAUUAUCAACAUCAGAGUAUAUCACUAUGUACGCCGCAGGCAAACGAGACUUCAUCGCCAUCCCGGUCUUUCCCUCGCGCGCGUUCCGCCAUAGCUUCAUUGCAGUCAACGGUGAUCGGAUCAAGUCGCCAAAGGACCUCAAUGGUAAGCGCAUCGGCGUUCAGCACUACACCAUGACUGCUGCAGUAUGGCAGAGGGGGCUGCUACAGCAUGAUUACGGUGUAGACCUCAGUUCUAUAGAAUGGGUGGAAGGUAAAAUGGAAGGGCCGGGAUCGCACGGCAAGCCUUCUAGUCUUCCUGCCCUGAAGCCAGUUAAGAUCACCCAGAACACGAAUCCUGAAAAGUCGCUCAGUGAUCUUCUCCGCGACGGUGAAAUAGACGCCACCAUAGGAGCGGAUCCGCCAGAGUGUUUGAGCACGGCGUCUCACAUCAGGCGGCUGUUUCCGGAUUUCAAGCAGGUAGAGAAGGACUACUUCAAGCGGACGGGGAUAUUCCCAAUAAUGCAUCUGGUUGCUAUCCGACGGGACUUGUACGAGAAGAACAGGUGGAUCGCAACGAAUCUGUUCGAGGCACUAGACGACAGCAAGAAUCUUGCGAGGAAGAGGAUGAUGACGACGAGUGCUCUCAGAUAUAUGCUCCCAUGGCUGCCGGAGGCAAUCGAUGAUAUCAGGGAGACUUUUGGUGAAGACUGCUGGCCGUAUGGACUGGACGCGAACAGGAAGACACUCGAGGCGUUAGUCGCUUACUUGGAGGAACAAUCGAUGAUUGACAAGAAGAUACCCAUCGAAGAGUUGUUCGCGCCUGUAAGGCCUGCUAACUUCAGAAUCAGGUAG